AACAGAAUCCAGCUGGACUAUAAGCUGCAUAAUCCGUCAGUAGAUCUUGAGUGUGUGGUGUGUGUGGGACAGUAAUGCACUGCUCUGAGGGUCCUGGAGCAGAUGACAGACCCUCUUACCCUGGUGCCACGGCUGUUGCCUUUUUAGGAGACACCUGAUCGCAGCUCAGCGCCGCCACACAAAGAGCUGCUGAUAACGUCUGGAGCAAGUUCAGAUGAUGAAGCCAUGCAGGAGUAAACGGAGGGCUGGGCUCACACACUCUCACUGUGUCCUCCGGCCCUUCAGGAGCUCGAUCUGAUGCUGUAGGAUCUCCGGCACCUUCAUGGAAAAGUUCCAGGCUGCGAUGGUUCUCGGAGGAGUGGGAGACGCGCUGGGAUACCGCAAGGGCCGGUGGGAAAUGUGCAUCUCAGGGAAACAGAUCCAGCAGGCUCUCGGGGGCCUCGGGGCCCUGAAGCUGGACGCCUAUAACUGGCCCCUCAGUGACGGAGUCCUGAUGCACAUGACCACUGCAGAGGCGCUGAUCACCGAUUACUGGUGUCUGGAGGAUCUGUACCGGGAGCUGGUGAGGCUCUAUGUGGAGGCCAUGGUGUGUCUGCAGGGUCGAGCUCCAGAGCCCAGCACUGUGGAGGGAUGCGUCAACCUCAAGCCACACAACUUCCUGUUAGCCUGGCACACGCCCUUCAAUGACAAAGGUUCUGGUCACGGAGCUGCGACUAAAGCCAUGCGUGUGGGCAUGCGCUACUGGCAGCCCCAGCGGCUGGACAGUCUGGUGGAAGUGAGCAUAGAGACGGGCCGGAUGACCCACAAUCACCCCAUAGGGUUCCUGGGCUCGCUGUGUACGGCUCUCUUCGUCUCAUACGCCAUCCAGGGAAAGCCACUGGUCAGCUGGGGUCGUGACCUCAUGACGGUCAUUCCCAAAGCGGAGGAAUACUGCAGGAAGACCAUCCGGCACAUGGCAGAAUACCAGGAGAAGUGGUUUUACUUUGAGGCCAAAUGGCAGUUUUAUCUGGAGGAGAGAGGAAUAGAAGACGGUCAGAGUAAACCUAUAUUCCCUGACCGAUACGACGCUGAAGAAACAGACAAGAUGUACAAGCGCUGGAGUUCAGAGGGUUGUCCCGGACGCAGGGGUCACGACGCUCCCAUACACUAUUAUGAUGCUCUGCUGGUGGCCGGAUCCAGCUGGGAGGAGCUGUGAAAAUACGCCAUGUUUCACGGAGGUGCGAGCAGUGCUACGGGUCGGCUCGCCGGCUCUCUCUAUGGGCUGCUGUUCGGGAUCGACCCGGUUCCUGCUGGACUCUAUCAGGAUCUGGACAAGAGACAGAAACUGGAAGAUCUGGGAGAACGCCUGCACCGAGCAGCCGCAGGAGAGAAGUAACGCGCUGACGUCUGAGCCAACAAACACAGAGUUUCGAUGGACUCAAGCCACAUGUCGAAACUAAUAAAACUGGUAUUUCUGAUCCUACAUCAAUGUUUCAAAGGAAUAAGACAGUCGAUAUCUGGUAACACGUCCCAUUAUUUAAUGUU